AUGUCACUAGAAGGCCUUGAGACAUGGACCUUCCAACUCGAUGAGGUGGAUCAGCAACUACUUGAUAUUGACGCUCACGAAGACACACGUGAUAAUGAACUGGCUUGCUUCUCCACGGGGCCAUUUGGCGUCUUUCCACUUCCAAGGGACGGCAGCGAUCAGCCAGGGGACAGAGGACCGCGGCCGAUGGACACUGAUUUCGAGGAUCCUAGACACCGACAGGAAGCUGCUCUUCCCAAUCAGGACGCGACGUUAGGAGCACUGCGCGACAUGUUCUCGUCCGGAAACGACCUGGGAGAUCCUCCCACCCCCAGAGACGGGUCGUUCGAGGGUUUCCCUUCUCGCUUCGACAUGGACUCGGAUCUCUUCCAAGAACCCAUCAUUCGUCGGCUCAUGGACAACUACGUCAACGUAUGUGCCAAAGUUUUGCCCCCCUUGCCGCAUCCCGAGAACUUGUAUUCGACGAUAUACGUUCCCCAGGCCAUGGCCGGUGCCUCGAGCCUGUUACCUCCAAGCGUGGACCACGGCCCCACCAAGGUGCCAGCCAGCAACGAAGCGAUUUUCUACGCCGUCUUGGCCACGUCUGCGUUUCAUCUGCGGAGGGACAAGGCAGAGAAUGGUCUCGAGCUUGACGUACUCGCGCGCGGCUUCCGCGCAAAAGCGUUCGAGUCUCUCCAAAAGGCAUUGCGCGAGCCGUCGCCGUCACAGUACGGCGAGGGGGCCGGUGGCGGCGCACCACGCGGGGAUGUCUCGUCGUUUUCCAGCGUCCACCUCGAGGCCAUCCUUUCGGCCAUGUUGACGCUCACGACCAUGGACGUCAUGGAAGGUUCCAUGUCCGAGUACUGGAUUCACCUCGGCGGCAUGGGCCCCCUCGCGAGAGAGUUGUUGCAACGAGAGGAGCACCACGCGACACCCAAAAUCGCCCGGCUGAUCACCAUGUCCACGUUCCUCUCGACGCUGGCAAGCACCACGUCCCUGGACCUAGCCGAGCUACCGUGGUCGGCAGCCGAGCAACACUACUACUACGACAACGACGGCGACGGCGACGGCGACGGCGACGACACGACGGAAAAGCGACCGUACGACGUCUCUUGCCGAGACUACUACGGUCUGGAAUUCGCCUACGGCAUCACCCCGAGGCUCGCCAACCUCAUGCACCACGUCGUCACGCUGGGUCAACACAUCUCCUACUACGUCUCGCGCUCCGACGCGUUUCCGCCGACGCUGAUCUCGGCGUGCAGGAGACUGUCGGACGACAUUUCUUCCUGGUCGAUCGAAUCCGAGGCCAUUGACGACGUCAUCUUGCCGCCGGGUUCUUCUCCCGCAAGAAGUGCGGGUACAUCAUCAUUGUCCUUCACAGCCCAACUGGCCAAACACCACAUCUUUGCCUUUGCGCGCGGCCUACGGGUGUACUACCACACGCGCAUCCUACCCUGCAGACCGUCCGACAUGCGUUUGCACAUUGAUCGGGUGGCGGAACAUCUCGUCGAGAUCGAAGAGCUCAAGUUGCGCGCCGGCUACGAUCACAACCUGUGCGCCACGAUCACCUGGCCGGGCUUCAUUGCCGCGUGCGAGGCGGAACGAGGCCCCUCAAGGGACGUGUGGUAUCGGUGGUGGACCGGCAUGCUUCAGUAUGGCAUCGGGAACAUUGCAGAGUUGUGGCAGGUCGUCCAAGAAGCGUGGGAACUCAAGGACGUGCAUGGCGUCAACGAGGUUCCAGCUUGGGUUCCUGUGUUGCGUAAAAGAGGCCAACGGAUACUCGCUGUGUGA